CAUUGCGCACUUUCAGAUUUGUUUUACAGUUCAAAGUACGACAUGAGCAUUGUCAACAAAACAGCUGACGACUGGCAGCACAGCUGGAUGUAUUUUUGAUUCAUUUUUGUUUCAGGACACUGGAUCGCCUGCGUCACGGCGCUGUAUUAUUUGAUAGUCAUGAAUAUGAAGCGAUGAACACGUCGAUAUGUAAACAAUUUCGCUAUUGUCAUGGCAUGGAGGGCAUUAAGGCGCGGACGCAAACGAUUGUCUUCUCCAGGUGCGUUGCUUUGUGACCUGUUAGACGCAUUAAAUCAGUCUGACAAAUCCAUGUGCCGAAUCCAGACCGACUUCUCUACAGAGUAUCAUUUUCCAGCGUAGCCAACAAAGGUAAAAUCAGAGAAGUAGAAGUAGAGCUAUAGUGGAGGCAGAUGAUCCGCUGUGGCGACCCCUAAAGGGAGCAGCCGAAAGAAGAAGAAGAGAAGUAGAGCUAUAGUAUGACACCACUCCUACAUGUAAUGUUAAACAGUCUGGAGUCUGUAGACGCAAGAACGUGAGCUGCUGCAGCACUUAAGGUAGGACGGCAGAAAUACGAGAAAGAAGCUAACGCUCAAGUUCAAGCUCGCCUUAAGAAGUUGCAGUUUGCAGUUUGUCCUGGGCAUGUUUAAAUGUGCUAGCACAGGCUCACAGUUGUCUUCUAUAAAUAGUGGGAAUCCAGCCUGUACUCUUUCAGACUGCAUGUAUUAAUAAUCUGCAGCUGGUAUGGAGGACUCUAUAGAUGUCAUUCUCCAGGACAGGAACUCCAAAUUACUUCACCCUUACCGGGACAACCAGAUUCUCACCUUGGUGACGGGAGCCGUCUUCUCUGGCGUGUACGGGCUUUGGGCCAUGUUUUGUAUGCCUGGGCUAAAAGUGCCUUUGCGGCUAAAGGUGCCCUUCUUGCCCUCCACAAACGUGCAGACCAAGAAUGUAAUAAAGAUGCUGGAUGGACGGCAAGGCCAGCUGGCUGACCUGGGCUCAGGAGAUGGAAGACUGGUAUUUGCAGCAUGCGCCGCAGGAUUUCAGUGCACAGGAUUUGAGAUCAAUUCCAUGCUGUUAGCCUACUCUAGAGGCAGAGCAUGGUGGAGGGGGCUUCCGCACAGUAAAGCCACCUUUGUUAACCAGGAUUUCUGGAAGACUGACCUGUCGAAAUACACGAACGUGAUUGCAUUUCUGGCACCCGCUGUGAUGCAGGAUCUGGAGGAGAAGUUGCUGAAGGAGCUUCCUGGGGAUGCCCGUGUCGUAGUGUGCCGCUUUCCUUUUCCACAUUGGCCCCACAGCUGUACUACAGGCACUGGAUUGGACCAAGUCUGGGCUUAUGAUGUCUACACAGUGCAACACAGAGCCAACAUUUCCUCUCUGAAACCUCAAGGCUAAAUUGGACAUUGCUUACCAAACGUGUUGCUUGACACUGAGGUGUGUUCACCCACUGCUGCAAAAAGCAGUCUGAUUCUCAUGCAAGCUUAUAACCUCAUGUAACUCUCAAUCCCAUGAGGUGAAGAUUUUUUUUGUGGUUGUUAUUAAUAUGUAUCUCUUUAAACCACUCAUAAACAUUAUUUAAUUUAAAAAGCAUUAAAUGUAUGAAGGCUAGAGUUAGGUUCACUUGAGUACUAGCAAGUAAAUGUUAUACAUAAGCUUGCUUGAUAUAUUAGCCAUUCAGUCGUCAUGCAUGUAAGGGUUGUAAUUUGCAUAAAUGUUGCUGAUGUCCAGUGAACUGUAUGAUAAGUAAACUCCUUCUGCAUUGCUCAUCCUCAUGGAGGCCCCAUGCAUCUUUGGAGUUUGAGGUUGAGCAGGCACAUUCACAUAGUCAGGUUCAGAGUCUUCCUCAGCUUGGUCAUCAUCUUGAUAUUCAUACUCAUGUUCAGGUUCUCUGCCAUGUUGAGAUUCAUAAUUAUGUUCAGAAUCUCCAUCGUGUUGGUGGCCACCUUGUGAUUCGUAGUCAUGCUCGGAGAAUUGAUUGUUUUCAUUUUGAGGUUUGGGAAACCAAGACUGCAAAACAACUGUUCUCCUUCUGCGCCUCCAACACCAAACAAUCAGUCCAAAACCUAGGCCCAACAGUACAGCUGCUACUACUGGUCCACCAAUAAUGAAAAUGUUUGAAGGAACCAUGCUGUUUGAUAUGACUGAUGAUCUGUGGCUUGUUGGCUUUCACAGCUAAUGACCAAAUUGACAUAGAAGAGAAUAAAUACAUGUUUAUGAAAUGUG